UUUGUAUCUUUAUUCAACAUGCAUUUAUCAAUUUUUACUUGGAUAUUAAAAAACUCUCCACAUCAAAAUACAUCACGUUCCUCUAUUGUAUUUAAAGCAAUUUAUGUAAUAAUAAAAUUAAAGUUUAUUCAUAUGCAAUUUACUGUGCAAUAUUAAAAUCUUAUCUGAAAUAUAUUUUUCAUAAUUGCAUCUUAAAUCGGGCAGAUCGGGUUCAUGUAUCAUGGAAAAUGCAGGAAUCCUAAGAUUUCAACUGAAUUCCUAUGAGUAAUGGUAAUGCAUUUCUACAACUUCUUGUUGUUUAGUAUUCAAGUCAAGCCCAAAAAUGCUUCAAAAAGAAAAAUAGGUGGAUGGAGAAAGCUUAGAAAACGGCACUUUAUGGACCAGAACAGGAAUUUGCUGAAAGUUUUGUAAGCCAAAACAUUAAAAAUGGUUAAAACAGGGUAUAAUGCAGUAUCUCGCUUGGCCUCCCUGCUUGGUUUUUGUUGCAAGGAUGUGACCAACAUGACGGAAAGUUCCACAAUUGAAGUCACGGUACUGCCUGUACCUGUUGAAUCUAUGCUAUAUUAUUAUGGCAGUAUAUCCAGGGAGACAGCAGAAUGGAUUCUCUGGGAUCGGGGCUGUCGAGAUGGCAUGUAUCUAUUGAGAGAAAGCAAUUCAGAUUAUGUACUCUCACUCUGUUAUCAAAAAAGUGUUCUUCAUUAUCGAAUCAAGAAACUUAGCAGUGGUGAGGUUGGGCUGUGUGGUGUACCAAGACAAAAAUUUGCAGGUCCCGUAGAAUUAGUUCAAGGUGUUGAGGGCUUGGCCUGUAAACCAACAUUGCCUUGUAAUAAAUCCUUAGACUCUGUUCUACCAUUGACACACUGGGGUGUCACGGAAGAGGUCAUUCGAAAAGCAAUACUCAGAAAAGCCAAGGAAUGGGGAAUCGACGAAGAUAAGCUUGAUACUAGUUUAACAGAGAGCUAUAGUGAUAUAAAACUUCUUAUCACUAAAACCUUGCAUGAAAUACAACCCUGGUUCCACGGUAUUUUGUCGAGAGUCGAGGCCGAACAGGCUAUUGAGGACAGUGGUCAUAAAGAUGGAAAAUUUUUAGUUCGAGAACGUGACGACAGUAGUUAUGCUCUUUGUCUGAGUCACUCUGGUCGUAUCAAACACUAUAAAAUCGAUGUUUUGCCAUCAGGAGAAUUUGCUAUUCAAGAUGGUCAAAGAUUCCCCAGCAUCAUGGCUCUUGUAAGUCACUACACUUUGUUCAGUGAUGGUUUAUGGUGUUCUCUUCAAGAUCCUUGUGUUGUUCCUCCCCGCAGAUCAAGUGAUAAUACCUCUUCACAGUCUAGAACUCGAAGCUCAGACAUCAACACCGAUAGGACUAGUAAUCAUCAUCAAAGUGGUGGAGGAACUCUUGAGCGUAAUAAAUCCUCAUCACUCCGCCAAGGGGCUACAAACAGUGAGGGUGGCUCACCUCCCUCCAAAGCUAGUCGUUUUUUAAACAGCCUGAAUCAACGGAAGCUGUUUUCUAAGAUAUUUUCAUCCGUAGCUCCUCAAUUCUCUUCUCAGACUUUGCCUCAAAAUGCAAAUAAUACAAAUCCAUCCACUUCUAAUAUACGUUCGUGCUUGUAUCCAUCUCUCAGUGAUGACAACCUCGAAAGUGGUGAUCUCUCUCGUUCUGUGCAUGCCCGAAUCUCCCCCGAACUGAUCGGUACCCAUCCCUCGACUCCUCCCACGAGUUCGAGAAAGAGUUCAUUUUCAUCUGUAGUCGGCGACGUUAGUUUUAAGGAAGGUAAAAAGGGAAACAUACAAAAAGCUUCAAGCUUCGAUUUUUUACCCGCGUUUCUUUCUCUAUUCAUUUACGGAGACGGUACUAUGACUUCCGACAGGAAAGUUAAAAAAGGAACUCCCGAAUCCUGCCACAGAAAAACUAAAAUCGAAAGAGAUAAAGUAAAUGAUGCAACUUCCAAUUGCAAUGGUGCAACGGUACACAGUUUAUCCAGAAUAAUAUCGGAAGAGUCUAAGAGAUCACACAAGACAAUGCCGGUCCCCGCGCCUCGGUUAUCUCUGGCCAGGAAACUGAGCAGGAGGACCGGCCCCGUAUACGCUAAUCGAGAAGCGUUGGCCGCGACCGGCCGCUCAAUCAGCUUGGGAGAAAAUGCUUCGAGCAUAGAAGAGAAUGUAACAAACAAAACAGUUCAAAACGGUCUGCCUAUUCCUCAGUCAUUCAUUAGAAGUGCCUCUUCUCCAUCAGUUGUUUCACAUUCCAAAGUAAAGGCUCAGUUACCCGCCGUACCGACGCGCCUCUCGACUUCGGAAGGCUGUGAGCCCAUCAUCUCGUGCAUUACUUCUGUAAUUAAUGAAAGCUGUAGAGCGUCGUCUCUAAAUGGUCAUCUAAACAGUCAUCCAGUGCCAAAGCCCAGGAAGAAAAUCCCUGUUCAAGAAAGUGACACUAGUUGUGAGUCUUGUGCCUCUGUAGAUAGUAGCACCUCACCCACCUUAACGGAAAUUUCAGAAUUUGGACAAGAGUCGUUCAGUGAAGACAUAUUUCCCAGUGAUAUUGUUGCUGAUGAAAUUGAUCUCCUGCAAGAUUCUACACCACUCAUUGAAAUGGAAUCUCUCCAUUCCACCAAUCCUGAUCUCCAAAAUGAAACAAAUGGUGUCUCAUUGCAAGAUACAUUCAUGCAGUGUGAUUUUGAAAGCAGCAGGACACAAACAAAGCUCUCUUCAGGUGGUAAACCACCUUGUGAUGUAAGUGAACUGUCAGUAGUAUCAUGUGACAGCAACAUUUAUGCUACUCUUAGUGGCAGCAGUGAUGUUAUUUGUCUGCUUAGCAAUGAUGUUCCAUCACCGCCGUCUUCCACUCCUGCUAAUGCUACAACUCAUUGUCCCGAGGGUAUUUUAAUUGAUUUAGACAUUAGUGAUAAUGAUCUGAAUACUCUGUCCAAUGAGGAAUCUGAAUUGGCUUAUCUCACAUUGAGACAAUGUCGAAGAGGUCCUUUAAAUCUUGACCAGAAAUCAAUAGAUUUAAAAGAAAAAAUUGGUACUGGCAUUUUUUGUGAUGUUUUCAGGGGAGUCUUUUCCUCUGGUCCUGUGGAAGUGCAAUUUGCAAUAAAAACUCUCAAGUGCAAUAGUGUGCCUAAUCCAAAAAGUGAAAUUUUGAAAGAAGCUCAAACAAUGAUUGCUCUUGACCAUCCACAUAUAGUGAGAUUGAUUGGUGUAUCUGAAAGCAGCUGUUUUAUGUUAGUAAUGGAGCUUGCUCCAUUAGGUCCACUUAGCAAAUACCUGAAAAUCCAUAGAGAAAUCAGCAUUUGUGAAAUUCUUUUAUUGAUGCUUCAAGUUGCAUCUGCUAUGGAGUAUUUAGAGAGCAAACAAUUUGUUCAUCGAGAUUUAGCAGCCAGAAAUGUUCUUUUAGUUAAUGAAAGUUUUGUCAAAAUUAGUGACUUUGGAAUGUCAAGAGCUUUAGGUCUUGGAAAAGAAUACUACAGGGCGGAAACUGCUGGUAAAUGGCCUCUUAAGUGGUAUGCCCCUGAGUGCAUUUAUUACUUCAAAUUCAGUAGUAAAUCUGAUGUGUGGAGUUUUGGAGUCACUUUGUGGGAAGCUGUAUCUUAUGGAGAAAAGCCUUAUCAUGGAAUGAUUGGCAGAGAUAUUUUAAAAAUGUUUGAACGGAAUGAACGCUUAAUGAAGCCAGAAUCCUGCCCUGAAUCAGCUUACAACUUAAUGCGCAGGUGUUGGGAAUACAAAGCUGAAGAUAGACCCACCUUUGCUGAAAUUUAUGAAAUUUUGAAAGAUUGCAUAGGAAACAACGUAUAAAGUGCACUUGCCAGUGUCAUUAAAGUUCUCGCCUGUUUAAACAUGUCCAGUGAUGAGGGAGGAAAUGAACGUGUCUGUUCUUUUUUUUUUUAAAUCCCAAAUUCUCAGGAAGAACUAUUUUUCAUCCGGCUGUUCUAUGUGUCUCAACUCUGAAUCGUUCAUUACAAUUCAUGAAAAACCAUCUCUCAUUUCAUUGUGAUCUGUGUGACUUGUAGUCCUAAUAUUAUUUUUGUGGUAUGUACAGAAUUUUGCAUUCCAUGUGUGUGAACGCAGUUUGUAAUAAAAAAAAUGCCAUUUGUUAAGUAAAACAUGAAUAAAAUUAAUAAAAAAAAAAAUUGUUGUAAAUAGAGGAAGGCAGAAGUGAAGUGUUUUGGGGAAACUGUUCUUCAGUUGUGCUUCUGAGAAGAGAGUGCUGAGCAGAAUUAAUUGAAGCUCUAGUCAUUAGUUUUCAUGCCAUUUUUUACCUUCUGUGUUUGUUGUACAAGAAAGGAUGUGUUUAUUAAGAAAUUAUUUUCAAUUAUUUCAGUAUACAUAAGUGUUUUUUUAUUGGACUAAUAAAAAAAAGUGUUGAAAAA